UUGUACUGUAUAAAAAAAACAUAAACUUAAUAAAAUGCCCGAGCAAAUUGAGUCAAGCGCGAAACUAAAUGUUAGCAGUGAGAUUAAGUCUCCAACUUACGAUUUAAAAAAGUUCCAGCUUAAGCGCAUACUCAAUAACAACAGUAAAUCCAAGAGUAUAACAUUACUGGGCACUUUUCCGGAUUUAUCAGAAACUGACGCGGCAAUUGUAGUUUUUGAGAAAAAUGCUUACCGGGAGAGUGAUGUGGCAACUGAAGUGCCAGUGGAAAAGAAGUCUGAGUCCGAGCCGAAGCCUACUUAUUUUAGCACAGAUUUGAAAGUACGGACUGAUUUUGUUAACAAUAUCUAUGGCAGUUUCCAGUGUGUACCGAACCCAGAGCUUUGUGCCGUAAAGAGCACAGUAAUCUACCCGGCAACCGAAAAGCACAUUGAGAAGUAUUCAAUUUGUCAGAAGUACCUUAUUAAUGAAACUCCAGAUCUCUAUGAAACCGUAACGCUCCCUUAUAUUACCUCAAGCCAAUUCUCACUGGAUUGGGUAUACAACAUUCUCGACCACAAACAGGAAACGGAACGUAUUGUUUUCGAGGACAAGGAUCCUGAAACUGGAUUCAUAUUGCUCCCGGAUCUCAAGUGGGAUGGACGUAAUGUGGAGAACCUAUAUUUACUGGGGAUAGUUCGUAAUCGUGGUAUCAAAUCGCUUCGAGAUCUCAACGACAGUCAUCUGCCGUUGCUGCGAAAUUUACGUGUGACGGCCAAGCAGGCAAUACUCCAGCGCUACGGCUUAAAUCCCUCACAGCUUCGAAUGUACUUCCAUUAUCAGCCGUCUUUCUAUCAUCUGCAUGUACACAUUAAUCCCAUUAGAAACGAUGCGCCCGGCAUUUGGUGCGAAAAGUCGCAUAUGCUGGAUACAGUCAUUAACAAUUUGGAACUAGUGCCGGACUACUAUCAACGUGCCUCCCUGCCAUUUGUCUUGUAUGAGGGCAACAAGUUGUUAGACUUGUAUGACAAGCAGUUGGCUGUGCGAAAAGUAGCAGCCCAGAAGGCAGAUGAUCCCGAUACGGUUGCUACUGAUGAAGCAGCAGAAGCGUUCACUGACGAGGAACCGGAAGAGGCUCGACAAUGCAAGCGCAUUAAACUGAGCACCCCAGAAAAGGAACCCGCUGACACUGAGCUCGUGGUAACACCGUGUGCCUAAGUUGGGAAAAAAGUAUUAUCAAUGUGAUUUGAUAAGAUAAUAAAUGAAAUAAAGUAAAAAUGCAUAUAAAUUUG